CUUGAAUAAUACUGAUAUUCAUUAGAAAUAAUAACUAUAUAUUGACAUCAUGUUUAUGUAUAUAUUUUUAAAAUAGUAUUUAUUAAUGAAGAUGAAAAAGAUAAUCAAAAUCUUGUCUCCAUCUAUGAGUUAAAACACGUACUAAUGUGACAGCUAACAGUAGCCAUUUAAGUUUUUUGACGUUUGCAAAUACAAGCAUCGUUUUUGUAACCUCAAAAUUAAGUUUUUAAAUAGAAAUACCCGAAAAAAAUGGCAAAUACAAACACAGAUCUAACAGAAGAAGAUGCCGCCGACUUACAAUUUCCCAAAGAAUUUGAAAAUGCCGAAACGUUGCUUAUUUCCGAGGUCCAUAUGCUGUUAGAGCAUAGAAAGGAUCAAAAUGAAUCUGCAGAAGAUGAACAAGAAUUUUCGGAUGUCUUUAUGAAAACCUUGACGUAUACUGAUAGAUUUCGCAAAUUUAAAAACAAGGAAACCAUAUCGGCUGUUAGAAAUUUAUUAAUGCAAACCAAAAAAUUACACAAAUUUGAAUUGGCCGCUAUUGCGAAUUUGUGCCCAGAAACCACUGAAGAGGCAAAAUCUCUAAUUCCUUCCCUGGAAGGGCGGUUUGAAGACGAAGAACUUCAAGCUAUAUUGGAUGAUAUUCAAACGAAGAGGAGUAUACAGUAUUGAAUGUUUUAGGGUU